AUGCUGCGCGUGACACCACUAUAUAAGGACGGCGACCCCCAAGUUUCUGGCAGCAAAAUGGGAAUUAAAGACAAGUGGAAAAGAACAUCCAAGAUUUUUAUCAACGAGAAACAAGACAAAGAAGCUGUGCCUGAGGCUACAGAGGAGGUAAAAUCUACUGAACAAGCUGAGGUUGAACCAACUGAACAAGCUGAAGGUGUCACUGCGGCUGCUGAGCCUACUGAGGCUACUGAGCCAACUGAGGCUGUUGCCGCUUCUGAGGCCGAACCAGUUGCCGAGCCAGUUUCUGAGUCGGUUGUUGCUGCUGAGCCAGUGGAUGCUGCUGAACCAGUUGCCGCUGAACCAGUUGCUGCUGAGGCCGCUGCUGAGGCCGAGCCCGUAUCUGAAACCGCACCAGAAUCUGAAACCGCCGCACCUGCCGUAGAGCCUGCUGCUACCGCUAAAGAGUCCAAACCAAAGGUGCCCUUCUUCAAGCGUUUCGUCAACAAGUUGAGACCCGCGCCAGCCGCCGCUAAAGCUUAA